AUGCGUCCAACACUCUUGCAACCCCUCCUACCCCGCCAUAACCUCUGCGCUUCUGCCAGAUCUUCCAUCCUCCCCAAACUUGCAUCCUCCAACUCUUCUUUCCGCACCGUUCGAUUCUUUUCAUCUACAAACGCAGCCAUGUCUAAGGUCUUUUUCGAUGUCGAGUGGGAGGGCCCGGUCUUCCAGGGUGGCAAGCCCACCAGCACCGUGAAGGCCCAGUCCGGCCGCAUCACCUUCAACCUCUUCGACGAUGUGGUCCCCAAGACCACCGCGAACUUCCGUGCUCUCUGCACUGGUGAGAAGGGCUUCGGCUACGAAGGCUCUUCUUUCCACCGCAUCAUCCCCGACUUCAUGCUCCAGGGUGGUGACUUCACCCGUGGCAACGGCACUGGUGGCAAGUCCAUCUACGGCGAGAAGUUCGCUGAUGAGAACUUCAAGCUCACCCACGACAAGCCCGGUCUGCUGUCCAUGGCCAACGCUGGUCCCAACACCAACGGCUCUCAGUUCUUCAUCACCACCGUUGUCACCUCUUGGUUGAACGGUCGCCACGUCGUUUUCGGCGAGGUCGCUGACGAGGAGGGCCUCAACAUCGUCAAGGCCCUUGAGGCUACUGGCUCUGGCAGCGGCAGCAUCAAGUACAGCAAGCGCCCCACCAUUGUUAAGUCUGGUGCCCUCUAA